AUGGGGAGAGAAGUUACUGCAAUGGAAGUUGAGGAGAAUAAGCUAAAUGGUGUAUCAACAGUUUCAAAUGAAAGUGUUAAUGAUAAUGGACACGAGUCUUCCGAAAUUGCGGAUCGUGAAGUAAAGAAAUGUACUGAAGUCGAUUUGUUUGUUGAGGAUUGCCGCGAAAGUAAGGACAUUUUGACUGCCAAGGCAGCGAACUGUGAUACUGAUUUGCCGAUAGAGGAGAAUGAGAAACAUGAGGUGCAGAAAACGGGUGACGGGAAAGAGUUAAGCUUGACAAAAGCAUCGGAUCCGGUUACUGAAAAGAAUGGAUCCUACACGCGUGUUGUUGAUACUACUGAAGCUGGUGUAACUCGUUUGAACUUGUCGCCAAAUGCUAACAACAUGCACUCGUCGCCUUACUCGUCAAAGAAUUCACAGCAAAACUCGCCUUUUACUUCAGCUAAACCCUUGCAAAAUGGUGAUAAGAAGAACUACGAUGAUGAAGACAAUUGGUCGGUUGCUUCCUCUGCUGUGUCAAUGCGCACUGCAAGAUCAAAGGUAACUCAGGGUUCAGCCCCUACGUUUCGAAGCUCAGAACGUGCAGAAAAACGGAGAGAGUUUUAUCUCAAGUUAGAGGAGAAAAACCGAGCUCUUCUAGAAGAAAAAAGCCAGUAUGAGGCAAGACAAAAGGAAGAGCAAGAAGCAGCAAUCAAGCAGAUGAGAAAGAACUUGGUAAUUAGAGCAAAACCGGUACCAAGUUUCUACUAUGAGGCACCUCCGCCCAAGACCGAACUCAAGAAGCUGCCACUAACACGUCCGAAGUCACCGAAACUGAAUAUGAAUCGUAGAAGAACCUUUGGUGAUGCUGUGAACUCACAGCCUCAUGAAGUUUGUAGCCGAGCACGUCACAGCACUGGUAGCCACCACAUCAAGAGCGGUUAUAAUACUAACGCUCUCACUGAAACAACCAAGGACCAAAUCACGCGACGCCAUAGCAAUGGCACUUACAAAACCAAAGAAAGACCAAAAGUGGAUACAGAAACAAAAACAGCUCCUCCAAACAUCAUCCAGCAUCCAAAUGCAGACAUAUCAGUCCAAUCAUGA